CUUAAAUAUUUGUAAAGUUCAAGCUUUUUCGCUUUUGCGUUUCAUUUUUUUGUAUGAGUGGAUUUCUAAAAAAACAUUAAAUUACACAACUGCCUAAAUUAUGAAGUCGGAAAUAUCAGUUGAUAAAGGAGCAGUUGGGGAUGGUUUGGACAGUCAAGUAAAUUCGGUGUAUGCAUGGCUGAGUGAAGUGGCCCCUGAUAGCAUGACUGAUGAUUUUGAGCUCAAUCAAGAAGCAAUAUCAUAUCUGCAUGAAUGGAUUGAAUUGGAAAAGCAUGAAAAAAUGACUUCUGACAAGUUGGAGCAAACAAUAGCAAGGGAAAUUGUUGAACACCGUGCAGAAAGUCAAAGACUAGGAAAAAUUUUAAGUUUUGUUGGUUUACAACCUUGUGAUUUGUCACCAAAAGCUACAGUUUCCUUAAAAAUACUAACAGAAUGUGCCACGCAUCUUGAUGUGUUGGUACCAAAUGAAGUGUUCUUAACAACAGCUCUAAGUGAAUUCUCACUAUCACUUGAUAAAAAAGAAAUGCGAAUUGCUGAGCGAGAAAAUCUGCAGGAAGAUUUGCAAGAAGGGAUUGCUGAAAUUAAAGUUUUGAAUAAUACAUUACAAAGGGAACUAAGUGAACUAAACGAAAAACUAAACGAUGAAAUGAAAAAUGCAGAAUUUCUUGCAAAAAGAACGAAAGUUUAUCAAGCAAAAAACAUGGAGUACCAAAAAACUAUACAGAGAUUGAGUCAGGAGUUUAAGUCCCUUGGUUUUCGGAGCGAAAUUUCUCAUGAGGAGUUGGUGAAGAGAGGAGACGAAAUCAAGGAUCUGCAAGAAAAGUUAAAACCUCUCCGUCUUUAUCUCGACUCCUUCCAAAAUCUUCCCGCCGAUUUAACUAAAGCCCGUUUAAAAUUGCACGAAGAAACUCAAAAUCUAUCCGAACUUGAGGAUACGUUAAACAACACCAUUAUUAACCUAAACGGAUAACAAACUUGAGCUGAAUCAGUGGAUUUCGAGUGGAGUUGCUGAAAUAUCCAUGCUUUGUGUUACAUUGUACUGCUUGGGAAAUAGGAAUGUAAACACUCUAUAAUGCGGUAACUGCUGUUCGGUUGGACUGACAAAAUGUUUCUGCAUUUUCUUUCUCAGUGAAAAAAACGCAAGUUGAUUUUGGAUGGCGUUUCAGGGUUACCAUUAAAGUCCAAUUUAGCUCUACAUAUUUAUCUAGGACAUCAUUGUUGAUCUGUAUGAUGACUCUCUACUGGCGGUAGUUGCUAUUAUAAAAACACAUUAUAAAUGGAUGCUUACUUUCAAGUUAAGAAAUCGAUGUUGAAUCAUUCAGUAUUUUUUUGCGAAACAUUUGAUUACUUAACAGCACAGCAUAAAAUAGA